CUUACCUAUUAUUUGCAGUGAAUAUGACCAAAUGUCAUAACAGGUUAAUUUCAGAUUUAAUAAAAUAAGGAAAGUAGCUAAUUUGCUAACUCUUCACAGACCAGAGCUAGCUAGCUUAAGUAUCAAUAGAUAUACAAUAGUUGUAUUGCCAGUCAGUGCUUUAAAAUGAAUGUGUAUUCAUUAUAGUGAAUUGGCCAUUGAUAAUUACCUAGUCAUGCUAGUGACAAAACAUUAAUUUACUAAUUCAGAGUUUUAUAGUUGUAGUUUAGGAGUUGUUGCAUUUAGGUUUUUACACAAUAGCACUCAGAUUAAUGCAAAUAAAAUAUGUGCGGUGCAGCUAUAUGAAAAUGCCCGCACGCCUUCAAGCUGCUGGCUCGGUGUUGGAAGUAAUGUGCAAUAGUUUUAGUCAAUGGACGCUGGUGUUUGCAGGGUUUGUCUGAGCUUGAGACUGCGCUAAUACUUGCAACAAAAAGCAGCAGUGAGUGUCCCGUUUGCAGCCCCGGUGUCAACUUGUGUGUGUGACCGCCUACUGAAGCCUGAUUUCGGGGAGAGACGCGCUGCAAUGGACCGUGGAAGUGCGACACUGGAGCACUAUAAGGCAGGCAUGUUGCUGAGUGGUGUUGGUGAUGCUCUAGGCUACAGGAACCAGCUGUGGGAGUACAACGAGUCGGGACCAGCCAUUCACCAGGAGCUGAAGGAGCUCGGCGGUCUGAAGAACAUCAAGGCCGAGCUCCCUGACUGGCCGGUGAGCGAUGACACAGUUCUGCAUCUGGCAACGGCUGAAGGACUAGCGACUGGGAAGAUGGGGGAGGAUCUCCUGCAUGAGGUGGCUGCUCGCUAUGUUGAGGCUAUGAAAGACAUGGAAGGGAGGAAACCAGGGCCUUCAAGCAUUCUAGGAGUCUCCCAGCUGAAGCCUGGGCAGGAAGGGGGCUUCAGAGUGCCCUAUAACCCCGAGGGAACAGGCUGUGGAGCGGCCAUGAGAUCCAUGUGCAUUGGUCUGAGGUAUCCGAAGCCUGAUCAGCUGUUGUCGUUGGUGGCGGUUGCUGUGGAGACAGGCAGGAUGACCCAUCCUCACCCCACUGGUUUCCUGGGAGCCGUAGCGUCGGCCCUUUUCACAGCGUAUGCCGUUCAGCGCAGGCCCAUCACGACUUGGGGUCUUGGCCUGAUCAAUGAGGCCUGUCCGAUAGCAAAGACCUUUGUUCAGGCUCGGGGCUUCGCCGUUGAGGAGGCGGAAAGAGACUGGGCCUACUUCUGUGACAAGUGGCAGUGGUAUCUGGACACGAGGUGCAUCUCUACUGGGGUGGGGCCUGUGAAUUGGCCGGAGUCCUAUGGCCCAGCUGAGAGAGAUGAAGUCUACAAGAGCUUCAGUCUGUCGGGCUGGGCAGGACGCAGCGGUCACGACGCUCCGAUGAUAGCGUACGACGCCCUGCUGGGAGCAGGCGCAGACUGGGAAGAGCUGAUGAGCAGAGCGGGCUUCCAUGGAGGUGACAGUGACAGCACAGCAGUGAUCGCCUGCUGCUGCUGGGGUCUCCUCUACGGCACCAAGGGGGUCCCAGAAGGCAACCACUCCAACCUGGAGUACCGGGACCGACUGGUGCGCUGCGCCGAGCAACUCUACGCCAUUUCGCACUAAGAAGGCCACAGCAGCUUGCCGCACUGACCGAGUGUGUCCCAUCGCGGUGCAGUAAAGGGAAACUAGGCCACACACUCUGACACAUUGACGUAGGACUAGUCGGUGCGUCCAACAGUACAUUGAUCUUGAGUGCUGUCACUGAGCCACCAAGUGCGGUGUCAUGCUUGCCUGAAGGGGAAGCAGAGUGUCCCACUAACCCAAAGAGUCAUUUCUGCCACAACAAGGGCUGCGUGCCUCAUGAUGUUGGCACUGGGGUUGGUGAAUUAAGAGGGGUCCCCCUAGUGACCACUUUAAAUUACCAUGCAGAGCUGUAUCACUGACAAAUUCAAGCUAAUGAGAAUGUGAAGAGAAUACAUAAAGUCCCCUAGGAGGUAAUUACUUCAUUUUGUCAGCAUGACAUAAUAGCAAAUGCUUAGCGGGCUUCAAAUUAAAUGUGCUCUCGUUUUUGUAUAAUGAAAGAUACAUUUCUGCAUCUCAUUAUGGUUACUUACUGUUACUUCACGCAGUGCAGGGCAAAAAUGUAACUGCGAUACUGUAGGCAAGCACAAUUAAUGAAAACAAUAAAUUAAACAAACAAAGCUUUGUAGUAGAGUUGAAAACUUUA